UUAUGAACGCGUCUCUGCCUUAAGAUACGCGGUUAACGAAGUGAUUUAUAUAAAGUUCACAACCACCUUUUAAAUUUUGCGUAUUUAAGUAUGGUGAUAUUUUGUGUUUUGGAUAUUGUUGUACUUUUUUUGAUGAUUGGAGAAGUGUACUCAAUCGAUGCCAGCACGCCGUUCUGCAACCAAUCGACAGAGACUCAGCCGAACCCAUGCUGCAUCUGUCCGGCAAACACAUCAUGUCACCUCACCUGUCCGAUGGAGUGGAAGAAAAUCAGAGGAAAUGAAGUCCAAUGUCCGUAUCAAAAUAUAAACCCCGACAAAUUAUAUACAAGUAUUGACUAUGAUUAUGAUGAUUAUUACACGGGCAUGAAUCCGGAUGACAACGAAAGUUCGCUGACGCCAAACGGUACCUUCACACUGGAUAACAACACUUAUUUCGUAUAUUGCGUGGCGGAAUGCCCUGUCCGCACAUUUUACGAGCACCGGGAUUUGAAGUGCCAUCCGUGCGACCCUUCCUGCAAGGCGUGUGACGGACCGAACGCUACUGAGUGCACUGCAUGUGAGUUCGAAACCGAUGAUGGCUGCAUGAAAGAAUGUCCGCAAGGGUGGGAACCUAUACCGGGCCGGAAAGGACCACGGCGGGGGACGGUGUGCAAAAUACGAAUUAAUAUCAACGACGGGAGACCAAAACUGAUUGAAAUUUUAGGCUAUGUUGCAGGAGCAGUUGCUGCUUUGAUCGUCGUCAUACUUGUGUGUUGCGUCUGCUAUAGAUGCAGAACAGGCAACUGUGUACAAACACAGAAUAAGAGGGCUAAUCCAAAGAGAUAUGUCCGAGGAGAAAACGACAUUGAUGCUGCUGGCUUUACGGACGAAAUGAAGCCCUUUACAACAGGAAAUACUGAGGACGAUAACUUUCACCUAUACCAUGAAAUCGAAGACAAGACCACAGAGGUUAAAUACGACUAUGCGUACGCAGAACGUGAAGGUGACCGGAAGAAACCCACUGAGUCAGAAAAAGGCUGCGAACCAAUUGAAGGCGAUUUUGAAGACGUAACUCACAACCUACAUGUUGAUGAAGACAUUUAUGAGGAAAUAGGAGAGCCUAGAACAUGUCAAAGCGCAACACCGCGAGCGGGACAAGAGCCUUAUUUAACACCCGUUGCUGAAUGUGCAGAGAUAAAUAUAGGUAAACAAGAACUAGGUGUAUCAAAUGCAUCCGAUAUUAGGAAUAGCGACAAAGACAGAAAAUGUGUUGUAGAAAACCCAAUUAAUACAGGGAUUCUGAAUAAAGAACCAUUAACUGUCGGCGAUGUUUGCAAGACAGCAGCAUAUCCAAAUGAAGAUAAUUUGGUACCGAUUUCUGGAACAGCCAAUUCUGCUUCGAGGAGUGGAACGAUUGAUAACAUAAAUUCAAACGUCGAUAUAACACAAAUCAAAACUGAACCAACGCGUGAAGGUAUCAUGGAUGAUGGCACUGUGUGUGAGUUUUAUAUAAUUGCUACAGAUAAUAAAGGCGGCCCAACUGAUAGUGUAGCAGCAGCGGGUAAAAAAUCAGAUUCAGCUAAGCAAUUGCAUUUUCCUAUGAUUGGUCUUAAACUCGCGUCAAACAAAAAUGAGGUGAAACGUGGAAACUUUAAAUCGGACGACAUUACCGACAGAAAACCAAAACUUAAACCAAAGCCUUUGCCGAAACCUAACAUAGAACCGAGGGUGGCCUCAGAAAUAAGCGUUAAACCAGCUGUCAAACCAGUAUCUGAAACAGAAAUAAGAACUGACUUUGAUGUUAUUCCUAAGCCUAGGCAUUUUAAACCCGUUCCUCUUCCAAGAAAGCAAAUGACCUCAAGUGAUGGUACGGUGCAAGACGAUAAACAAAUGACAAAGCAAUUCCAUGGUCAAGGUAAAAAGGCAAUACCAAAGGAUGUGUCGGAUUUUUAUAAACACGAUAUAAAGAAGACUCAAUCGUGUAAAACUGAACUUCCAGUUAGACCGAACACUGCGCUGUCGGAUGUUUUUGAAGACAAAUUUCAGCACACUGGUCAUUAUACGGACGUGCUAAUCAUUGAUGACUUAAAAGAUGCGAGUAAAUAUAACCGAGAGCAUGAAGAACCAAGUUCAGAAAUGGAUCCAUCUGACAUUUCUUUGCCAAAAGUAGUCUCUCUUUCCUUCUCAGAAGAGGAAAUCAAACAAAUUUUAGGUGAUACAAACAAAACAUUUUUUGAAUAGACGCGAUAGCAAAUUAUUAUCCGAAACAAUUUCAACCACAAACAAAUGUGUUAAGCAUUUGACUAAGUCACAUUUGAUUCAACUUUCAAAUAGUGAUUGUCUUCUUGUUAUCAUCCAUUUUGUAUCUGAAGGCCUUGUUUUUUUUCCGUGAAAAUACCAGAAUAUUAUUAUUUAAUCGUUCGUUUCACAUGAAAAUAAUGUGUAUAUAAUUGUUUAAUCUUUCGUGUUUUUAGUUUGUUGUUAUUAAACAUGUUUG